AUGGCCAGCUUUGACAACUCAGCUAAGAUGGAAGUGUCCACCUCUUCUAAAAUCCUUCUCUCUGCUCCUGAUCAAGAGGCUUGUGACCCAAACAUGAUCAUUUCGGUACUUGAAAUUGGAUCACUUCCCGUUUUCUUUUGGGGUUCUGUCCUUUCCAAAAAUAAUAGUAGCCAUAAAGUCUCUGAACAGACUGUAGAGAAGUUUGAAAAUGUCUUUAAAGAAAUUGAAGGUAUUCUUAAAAAUAUGACAGGGUUUGAAGAGAAGACCACAGAAGUAGAAGAAUCUUUUGAGGAAACCAAUAGUCCCGAGGAUGUAUCAGAACCUAAAGAAAAAAUCAGAGGACAUAGCAAAUUAAGUAAAAUGCUAUUGAAAACUCUUCCUGUCAGUUUAGACCCAAAGAAAUAUCAGAAUGUGAAGGAACAGGAGAAAAUAUUGGAAAACCAGAAUUCCAAGAACAUGGCACAAGUUUUUGCAGGGGACUCAGUAAAUCAUUUGGAAGGAAAAAGAAUCCUGAACGAAAUGCAACUAAGUAAAGAAAACGAAAAAGACAGACUCCUUCAUGUUCAAGAAGAAAAUGCCAAGUUUUGGAAAAACAUGGAGCGGUUGCUACAGGAAGCAGAACACUGGAGUGAACAACAUACCGAGCUUAGUGAACUAAUAAAAUUGUAUCACAAAUCUCAGAAUGAUCUAAGAGAAACUUUUAAAAAUAAUGGAGUCCAAGCCCAGUGGAAUAACAAAGUAUGGGCUAAGCAUGAGCUGGAAGAACAAAUGAGGAAACUGAAACAUGACACUGAUUCAUUGAGUUUGGUUGCAGUGUUACUAGAGAAUGAGUGCCAAAUCUUACAGCAGAGGGUAAAGAUUCUUAAUGAACUCCACUAUCUGAAUGAGAGAACUCUGCAAGAGAAUCCAACACAGGUGAACUAUGAACAGGGCAGGGAAGAACAGAAGCCAUCAGAAGCAAAGAAAGUAGAAACUAAUCAGCAGAAAAUGCAAGAAACAGAGAAUACACUUCAGAACAGAGCUAAAUUCUGUAGAAGCCUGGAUUCUUGUCAUGAUAAAAAAGCUCAUAAUAACCGGUUAAAUAUUCGUCUUUCAGAAGCAGCUCUUGCAGGAAGAAGGAGGUCCAUUUCG